UUAUCAGGGAGCUUUCUGAUAAAGACAAAAUUGUGGAAGAUUAUCUGAAGUGGUAUUUUUUCACCAGAAAUGCUGCUUGUAUUCAAAGGUUCUAGCAAACAGUGCUGCAGAUCUUAUGGAAACAUAUCCUCAGAAGUUGACAUCACAAUAUACAGGUUCAAAGAAGGACUAGCCACACUAAAUGUUCUUGAAGCAAUGAAACAAAAUCCAUCAGGAUUCAUGAAAUACUUCUGUUUUUCUGAGAAAAAAAUAACAGCUGAAAUUAUAGAGAAUCUUUUUAAAGCUGAGUUUAGCCAGCCUGGUAGCAACAGAAGACAAGAGGAACUGAGGAUAGCUGCAUACUGGGCAGACUACUUGUUAGAUAUUGAAGGUAAAACAUCAUUUGCUGAACCAUCUUUGGAAGAUAUCCUCAUGUUCUCAACUGGUGUUUCCUCAAUCCCACCAAUCGGCUUCCAUCCAAAGCCAACAGUUAAUUUCUUGCAUAAUGAGUCACCAUAUCCCAUUGCUCAAACAUGCACCAAUUCUUUAAGCAUCCCCAUACAUAAAACAUAUGAUAAAUUCAAAUAUCAUAUGAAUUUUGGUAUUUUAAACUCACCUGGAUUUGGACAACACUAAAUUCUGAUAUAAUUAAUGAAAGAAUACCAAUCAUCAUAUAUUUUUGCCAGCCCUGAACUUGCUCUUUCAUUACAUUUUCCACAAAAAUUAUACUAUUAGCUAUGUCAGUUAUUAUGUUUUGAACGUUUUUGGCUAAUUUUACAUUUAAAGUUGCUUGAGUUCAUUUUGCAAACAUGGACAUUUUUUCUUUAAUACCGAAUAACCAGGAUCUUCCAUCAGUCAUUUUUCACGUAAUUUCAUUUUGGUCAG